CUGAUCAAAACCCAUACUCGACCCAAAAUUGAAAGCAUGGGUUUUGAUAUCGAAAGUCUCUUUUCUCUUCAUUAUGAGUAAUUUACCUUGGUUAACAAUAAUUGUUAUUUUGCCCAUAUCUGCGGGGUUAUUAAUCCCAUUAUUUCCCCAUAAAGGAAAUAAAAUGAUUCGAUGGUAUACUCUAGGUAUUUGCUUAUUAGAUCUUCUUUUAAUGACCUAUAUAUUCCGUUAUCAUUAUCAUUUUGAUAAUUCAUUAAUCCAAUUGGAGGAGGAUUAUAACUGGAUAAAUCUUAUCCAUUUUCAUUGGAAACUGGGAAUUGAUGGAUUUUCCAUUGGACUUAUUUUAUUAACGGGAUUUGUAACUACUUUAGCUACUUUAGCUGCUUGGCCAGUUACUCGGAAUCCGCGAUUAUUGCAUUUCUUGAUGUUGGCAAUGUACAGUGGCCAAUUGGGGUUAUUUGCUUCUCGAGAUAUUCUACUUUUCUUUCUCAUGUGGGAGUUGGAACUAAUUCUUGUUUACCUACUUUUAUCCAUGUGGGGGGGAAAAAGACGUCUAUAUUCGGCCACAAAAUUUCUUUUGUAUACUGUCGGUGGUUCCAUUUUUAUCUUAAUGGGAGCUUUAAGUAUGGGUCUCUAUGGAUCUCAUGGACCAACCUUUGAUUUUGAAUUAUUAGCUAAAAAAGAUUAUCCCAUCACACUUGAAAUACUAUUAUAUUUAGGGUUUUUGAUCGCUUAUGCAAUAAAAUUGCCAAUCUUCCCUUUACAUACCUGGUUACCAGAUACUCAUGGGGAAGCACAUUAUAGUACAUGUAUGCUUUUGGCCGGAGUUCUAUUGAAAAUGGGGGGAUAUGGGUUGAUUCGGAUCAAUAUGGAAUUGCUACCUCAUGCUCAUUCUUUGUUUUCACCAUGGUUGAUAUAA